AUGCAUUUAUCAAUCCUUAUUGCUGCCGCUCUCUCUGUCGUCUCCUCUGUGCUGGCUUCCUCAAUUCUAGAAGCCAGGCAAUGUAUUGGUCCCAAUGUCAACAAGGCCACUCUCGACUUGAUCAAAGAAUUUGAGGGCUUUGUACCGAGGCCCGAGCCUGAUCCUAUCGGACUUCCCACAGUGGGAUAUGGUCAUCUCUGCAAGACCAAGGGAUGUAAGGAGGUCAAGUUCCCGUUGAGCAAGGAAACCGCAACAACCUUGUUGAAGAAAGAUCUCAGGAGUUUCCAACAAGCUAUCACCCUGUCAACUAAGACAGCUGUGAAACUCAAUGCAAACCAGUACGGCGCCCUCGUAUCGUGGGCAUACAACGUUGGGCCCAAUGCUGCCCGGUCCUCCAGCUUGAUUAGCAGGCUCAACAAGGGUGAAGAUCCUAACAAAGUAAUUGCUCAAGAGCUGCCUAAGUGGAGAUUGGCUGGUGGUAAAGUCUUCAAGGGACUUGUUCGAAGGCGCAAGGCGGAGGUAAAAUUGGCCAAAACUCCAACCAAGUCGAAGGCACUUCCGGCACUGCACAUGUACGUACACUACAUGCACAACUUGAGGAAAAUUUGUAUGCUGAACGCAAGACAAGUCAAAUGGCGCGAGCUAGUGAAUCCAGCAACAACACGCUGUUUCAUGCAAAGUAGCAGCCUCAGUCUCCUCGGGCUAUCGAUUCAGGGUAAGAUGCUCUUUUUUGACAAGUACCAGCAGGGCGUUGAGCAGAUGGCAGACGUCAGCAGGAAAGCCUACCUACUCAUUUUGUCAGGGAGAACUUUGAUGGUGCAAAAGACGCUCCAAGCAUUAGCCAGCCAGACCUGCAAUAUGCCUAAUCAUCCAAUUGUGGUGGUUUACCUUCAUCUGGGGCCUGGACGGAGCACACCUGGACAGGGUACACAUGAUCCACGUGGCACAAACCAGUCGUGCAAAACAAAUCUCGAACACAGGAGGCGCAAAGACAUUCCAGCCCCGAGGCCGGGGUGUUUGAUGGGAGAGAACUCGAUAAAAUUUCCCCCGGUGAUGCGGCUGUUCAAGGAUGAGAAGAAGGUCAGCCACAAGGAGUUGGUGCAUGAUAUUUGA